CCUCCUGGCGCAUGCGCGGCGCGGCGCUUCCGGCCUCCCUCAGGGUUUUAAAGGGGAAGCGGCGGCGGGUGGCGGCCCCGCGGCGGCGGCACCGGCGCGGAUUGCGGCCCCGGAGCGGGCAACCGGGAGCCCCGGGGCGGGGGAUCGCGAUUGGUUGAGAGGAGAUGGAAGUAGCGGCAUCGGCCAAUGAGGGAGCGGCACUUCCUGGAGGAGCCAAUGGGAGCAAAGAUGGUGAGGAGGCACUGGCCAAUCAGCAGAGAGAUGUAGGAUUAGCAGCAGCCAAUGAGGAUGCGCCACUGCAGGGCUCGGCCAAUGAGAGGGGGAGGAGCUGCAGCUCAGCCAAUCAGGACGCAGAGACACAGGAGGUGACCAAUGAGAGCAAGGAGCCACAGGCAGCCAAUGAGGACACAGCAUGCAAAGCACCGACCAAUGAGGACACAGUGCACAAAGCUCCAACCAAUGAGAGCAGAGGACACAAAACUCCAGCCAAUGAGAACGCAGGACAGAAAUCCACAGCCAAUCAGAACCCAGCACACAAAACUUCAGCCAAUCAGGACUCAGGACACAAAUCUCCAGCCAGUCAGCACAAAGCAGCACCAUCCACCAAUCAGAACGCAGCGCCCAGACCCACAGCCAAUGAGCAGCAAGCCCCGCCCCUCCUGGAUCCCACCAAUGACCUGAUGCCUCUGUCGGCCGCAGCCAAUCAGGCGCGAGACCCCUGGGAUUGGUCGCUGGAGGAGGCGUGGCUCAGGGCGCCCGAUGAGGAGGGGCUGGAGGAGUGGGGGGCGGAGCUCGAAGGCUGGGAGGCGGAGCCUGACGACCUGGAGGAGGAGCUUGAGGACUGGGAGGUGGAGCUGGCGCUCUGUGGGGCGGAGCUUGUGGGCCAGGGGGCGGAGCUCAGAGCCCAGUGGGCGGAGCAUAAAGGUCAGGGGGUGGAGCUUGAAGGGGAGGGGGUGGGGCUUAAAGGCAGAAUGCUGGACCAUGAGGGGGCGGGGCUUAAAGGUGGGAGGGAGGAGCUUAAAAACCAAGGGGCUGGGCUUAAAUCAGAGGGGGCAGAGCUUAAAUUAGAGGGGGCGGAGCUUAAAGCAGAGGGAGCUGGGCUUAUAUUGGAGAGGGCGGGGCUUAAAGUGGAGGGGGCGGAGCCUAAAACCCAAGACGCUGGGCUUAAAUCGGAGAGGGUGGGGCUUAAAUUAGAGGGAGCUGGGCUGAAAUCAGAGAGGGAGGGGCUUAAAUCAGAAGGGGCGGAGCUUAAAAACCAAGCGGUGGGGUUUAACUCAGAGGGGGCGGAGCUUAAAGCGGAGUGGGCGGGGCCAGGCCUGGCGGGCGCCUGGCAGCCCAGCCCGGACGGGGCGUGGUCCAAGCUGACGCUGCGCCGUGGGCGGGGCCUGUCGCGGCCGGGGCGGGGCUCGCUGUGCCGCGUGCACCUGUCGGUGCCGCCGUGCAGCCGCGCCCCNCGCCCGGCCCGGCCACGCCGGCGCCGCCCGCGAGCUGCGCCGCGUCCGCGGCAAGGCCCGCGAGAGGGACCGGCGCCUGGCCACCCGCCUGGGCAAGAUGUUCGCCUGAUUAGCGUAAUUAGUGCUCCUUACCGUACAUUACUGUCCGUUAGGGGUGUUUGUGUGGUAAUUUGGGGGAAAUUAGGGAGAAAUUAGCGCUAAUUAGACUGAUCUACUGCUAAUUGGUAUGUAAUUAGCAAUAAUUAGUAGUUAAUUAGCACUAAUUAGUGUUAAUUAGGCGGUCAUUUGUGGGUAAAUAGGGUCUAUUAUGGGGUAAUUGGUGUGUGGGACACAGCCAGGGAAACAGACACGGGGCUGGCAAGGAGGCUGCUUAAUUAGCGCUAAUUAGUGCUCGUUACUGUAUAUUACUGUCCAUUAGGGGUUGUUUGUGUGGUAAUUAGGGGGAAAACCAACGCUAAUUAGUCCUAUUUAGUGCUAAUUAGUGUGUAAUUAGCAAUAAUUAGUAGUUAAUUAGCACUAAUUAGUGUUAAUUAGGCGGUCAUUUGUGGGUAAAUAGGGUCUAUUAUGGGGUAAUUGGUGUGUGGGACACAGCCAGGGAAACAGACACGGGGCUGGCAAGGAGGCUGCUUAAUUAGCGCUAAUUAGUGCUCGUUACUGUAUAUUACUGUCCAUUAGGGGUUGUUUGUGUGGUAAUUAGGGGGAAAACCAACGCUAAUUAGUCCUAUUUAGUGCUAAUUAGUGUGUAAUUAGUAAUAAUUAGUAGUUAAUUAGCGUUAAUUAGGGGUGAUUAGCACUGAUUAGUGCUAAUUAGUGUUAAUUAGGCGCUAAUUUGGGGUUAAAUAUGGCCUAUUAUGGAGUAAUUUGGGUUCAGGAGGUGGCCCAGGGGAGUGACACUUGGCUGGGCAGAUGUUCGCCUAAUUAGCACUAAUUAGUGCUCAACAGUGUCCAUUAUGGGGUAUAUAUAUGGUAACUUGGGAAAGUAGGGGGAAAUUAGCGCUAAUUAGCUUGAUUUAGUGCUAAUUACUAUGUAAUUAGUAGCAAUUAGAGCAUAAUUAGCACAAAUUCGUGCUAAUUAGUGUUAAUUAGGCGCUAAUUUGUGGGUAAAUAGGGUCUGUUAUGGGGUAAUUGGUGCGUGGGACACAGCCAGGGAAGGGACACGGGGCGGGCAACGAGGCUGCUUAAUUAGCGCUAAUUAGGGGGAAACUUGGGUGAUAAUUAGGGAGCUAUUUGGGGGUAAUUUGGCGAUAAUUAGGGAGUAAUUAGGAUGUAAUUACGGGGAAAUUGGGGCGUAAUU